AUGCCAUCAGCUAUUGACCCUGAUGAUGACUUGUGGACAGCGAUCAAACAAAUAUCCCAGUCAUCCGUGGGCUCGGACUAUAUUGAUCAGCUGAUCCCCAUAAUGAAGGACCCCCGUUACUCAAACCAUCUGCAAGUCACAUUCGAUCGAUAUGCAAAUGAUCGCGAGCAUGAGAUUGAGCGAAUAUGUAACGCAAACCAUCAAGACUUCGUGAGCUCUGUCGACUCACUGCUCAGGAUACGGGACCAGACUGUGCAAAUGAGUGGUGAAAUCCUGCAGCUAAACGAGUCCAUCCAAGAGAGUAUCGAGAAGCUGGCGGAGCACAAGAAAGCGCUAGUUGACUCCAGAGGGGUGCGUCAGAACAUCAACGAAGCUAGCCAAGCACUCAACGCGUGUUUGAACGUUCUCAGAAUUGCCAACCAGGUCCAAGAUCUGUUAAAAGAGAAGAAUUACUAUGCGGCUUUAAGAGCACUAGACGAGCUUCAGACGAUUCAUUUGAAGGAGAUUAGUCGUUUUAAGAUUGCGAACUUGAUCGAGAAGUCGAUCCCCCAAACCCAGGAGCAAAUCAGAGAAGCAGUCAAGAGCGACCUGAGUACAUGGCUGUAUCGCAUCCGCGAGUCUGCACAGUUCCUGGGCGAGGUAUCAUUUUUCUAUACUGAGCAACGAAGAAAGCGCAACCAAUGGCGUGCCGAGACUGACCCGCGUUUCUCAAAGUUCAAGCUAAACUCGGCCAUUGAACUUGUCGCUGAUGAGACGGAUGAAUUUGAUGUUCUGAACAAUGAAGAGGCUGGUAAUGAGACCGACUUCUCCCGUUUGUUUGAAGCCAUGCAUAUCAACGAGACGCUGGGUAAGAGUGAACAGUUCAGAGCCGAGUAUGCUUCGGAUAGGCGUACGCAGAAAGACCUCAUCAUACCUAAUAAGCUUGAUCUGCUUGAUGAAGAAUGCAGCGACCUGAGUAGUUUGCUUGAGAGCAUUGCGGGAUACGCCAUUAUUGAGAAAGCAACCAUGACCAUAACAACCAAUCUGCGAUCACAAGCCGACGUUGACGAGUUGUGGGAUUCAAUGUGUCAAAGUGCAAUCAAACUCAUCACAGGAGAGCUUCACACAGUCGACAACGAUGAGCUGUUACUCAAGAUCAAAGGCCGCAUUGCGCUUUUCAUGCUCACAAUGGAGAAAUGGGGAUAUUCAGUCUCUGCAAUGAACGACCUGCUUCUCACACUCUUCUCCAAAUACUCCGCUCUCCUCAAGCAACGGUUCAGCGACGAUUUCUUGGAGAUCGUACAUACUGACGAUUACAUGCCCAUGCCUAUCAACUCACGUGAAGAGUACGACAAGGUUGUAUCCGUGUCUUGGUACAGCCCCCCGGCCAAUAGCGAACAACUCACAUUCCCAUGUGUUUUGCCAUUCUCGCAAAUGUAUCCUCUAUGCUGCAUCGACAUUAGGAACUUCCUGAAUCAGAUCUACCUUUUCAGCGACGACUAUUUCCAAAAAAGCAGUGUCAUCGACGAAACACUCCGUACCAGCCUUGACGAACUCCUCUGCGAGAAAGUGUGUGGAAGUCUUGUCGAGCGCCUAAGCAGCCAGUAUCCCGGUCAGAUUGUACAGAUCCUCACCAACCUGGAGCACUUUGAAAACGCAUGUGUAGAGCUCCAGGACCUGCUGUUUGAGGCCCGCUCUUCUCCCUCUGCAACAGGUCCUAUUGUUCUCACCGCCACGGAGCGCUUUGCAAAAGCCAAGAACACGGCAUCAAAUCGUGUCUUUGAGCUCGUCAACAGCAAGAUUGACGACUUGAUUGAGACAGCAGAAUAUGAUUGGAUGGCCACAAAACCACAGACGGAGCCUUCGACGUACAUGCUGGAGUUGACUAGGUACCUCUCUAACAUCAUGUCAUCGGUUCUUCUCGCCCUACCCAUGGACAUCAAAGAGUUCAUCUACUUUGACGCGCUAUCCCACGCCUCAACCGCUAUCCUCGAUCUGCCUCUUGCACAACAUAUCAAGCGCAUUUCUCCUGCCGCAGUCGCCACCCUCGCCGCUGACACGGCUUUCCUAUCGCAAUUCGUCAGUUCGCUAAACAAUCCGAUUCUCAUGGAAAACUUGGAUGAACUGACGCAAACGGUGGCGCUCAUGGGUACGGACAAUUCCGAAGAGUUCUUCGACAUUGCGCAAAGGAAUAAAAAGUACAGCAAGGUGGACCAGAUGAAGGGUGCCAUUUUGCUAGAGAAGGUGCAAGAGGGCGCGCAAGUUGCAGCGCAGAGUCCAAAGGUGGAGGGUAAGGAUCGAUUCGGCACUCUGGGAUCGAGAUUCGGUAUUAGAUAG